AGUAGCAAGAACAUGGCAUUUCGUGAUUGACCCGGAUCUUCGUCUCUCAUUAAAAGCAAAAACAGUCCAAUCUCUAGCUUUGAAUUUCCUAACAAGACUUGCCUUUAUGGAUUUUGGGGUCUUCGGGUGGUUGGAAAGAGAGAGUCCAGAAAGUCUUCGUGACCAGGAGCUCCAUUUCCUUGCGGUUUCAAAGACCCAAAGCUUUUAGGUUUAGGGUGAAGCUCCGUUUCUUCUCUUGAGUUCAAGGGAAGCUAAUUUUCAGUGUUCAGUAUUUUUAUGGAUCUGGCUGUUCUCUUUGGUGUUUCUUUUUGCUUCUUGUUGAGUUUUAGUACAAGCUAUGGUACCGUUACUGAUAUUUAUUGCUUGAGGACCCUAAAAGAGUCGGUGGAAGAUCCUUUCAACUACCUAAACUCGUCAUGGCUUUUUAACAAUAAUACAGAGGGGUUCAUCUGCAAAUUUACCGGCAUCGAGUGCUGGCACCCCGACGAGAAUAGGGUCUUAAACAUCAGGCUCUCAGACAUGGGGCUGAAGGGCCAGUUCCCUCGUGGUAUUGAGAAUUGCACUAGCUUGACAGGCUUAGAUCUUUCUAGCAACAAUCUCACUGGAUCCAUCCCAUCGGAUAUCUCCAAAAGGCUUCCAUAUGUGACAAGUCUUGAUCUCUCUUUGAAUGGCUUCAAUGGUGAGAUUCCACUGAGUCUGGCAAACUGUACCUAUCUGAAUAUCCUCAAACUUGACAACAACCGAUUCACUGGUCAGAUCCCUCUGCAACUUGGCCUGCUCAAUCGGAUAAAGACAUUUAGUGUUGCAAAUAAUCUGUUGUCCGGACAAGUUCCCAGCUUUGUCAAUUCUACAAUUGCCGCAGAUAGCUAUGCAAACAAUCUAGGGCUCUGUGGGAAACCUUUGGAUCCUUGCAAGGCGGUUCAGAGUAAAUCUCAUGGUGCAGUAAUUGUUGGGUCGGUAAUUGCUGGGGUGGCUGUUCCUUUGUUUGUUGUUGGAGUUGUCCUUAUCUUCUGGUUGCGUAAAGUGUCUAUUAAGAAGAGAGAUGAUGACCCUGAAGGAAACAAGUGGGCCAAGAGUUUAAAGGGAACCAAAGGCAUCAAGGUUUCCAUGUUCGAGACGUCAGUUUCAAAAAUGAGGUUGAGUGAUCUAAUGAAGGCUACCAACAAUUUCAGCAAAGAUAAUAUCAUUGGGUCAGGAAGAACAGGGACAAUGUACAAGGUAAUGCUUCCAGGUGGUUCUGCCCUAAUGGUUAAGAGGUUGCAAGACUCUCAACGCUCUGAGAAAGAGUUUAUUUCUGAGAUGACUACUCUGGGGAAUGUGAAACAACGUAACUUGGUUCCACUCUUGGGUUUUUGCUUGGCAAAGAAGGAGAAGCUUCUGGUUUAUAGGCAUAUGUCAAAUGGGACCCUCUACGAUCGUCUACAUGUAGUGCCACCUGAGGGGAGGGCUAUGGAGUGGCCCCUAAGGCUCAGAAUUGGGAUAGGGGCUGCCAGAGGUCUCGCAUGGCUCCAUCACAGUUGCAAUCCCCGCAUUAUACAUAGAAACAUAAGCUCAAAAUGCAUCUUAUUGGAUGAGGAUUUUGAGCCCAAAAUAUCUGAUUUUGGGCUAGCAAGACUCAUGAAUCCAAUUGACACUCACCUGAGUACUUUUGUGAAUGGGGAGUUUGGGGACUUGGGGUAUGUGGCUCCAGAGUACCCGCGGACACUCGUUGCUACUCGUAAAGGGGAUGUUUAUAGUUUCGGAACUGUUCUUCUUGAAUUGGUUACUGGUGAGAAGCCUACCCAUGUUGCUAAUGCCCCUGAAAGCUUCAAAGGGAAUUUGGCGGAGUGGGUUACUCUGUUGUCCAAUAACUCUGAUCUCCAGAGGGCCAUUGAUAAGUCGUUGGUUGGGAAGGGUUUUGAGGGUGAGCUAUUCCAGUUUCUUAAAGUUGGACGCAAUUGUGUCCUGCCAACUCCCAAGGAAAGACCUACGAUGUUUGAAGUUUACCAGCUUCUUAGAGCUAUCGGGGAGAGAUACAAUUUCACAGUUGAUGAUGAGAUAUUUGUGCCAUCUGACACGAGUAAUAUUGAUUACCCUGAUGAGCUUAUUGUCGCUCGGGAAAUUAAAGAGCUGCACUGAGAAGGUAUGAUAUUCAAUCCUUCAUUUCUAAAUUUACUAAUUGGUAAUUUCUCUCUCAAUCUCUAGGGAUGCUAAUGUUGUAGCCUAUUCCUUGGUUUGGAAUGCCAUGUCUGUGACAUGUAAGAUAAUUUGAUUAUAUUCAAACUCUUCAUGCCAUAUGCUUCAAUAAAUUGCUUGUUACCAAAAAA